UUGGAUGGAUGGUUCAUGGAUGGAUGCAAGUGUAACGGAGGCAUUAUAAAUGAAAAGGCGUGUGUGGUGGAAUCACUCCGGAUUCAUUCGAUAUUUGUUUCCCUAUCUGAACCAAAUAUGUGCGGAGGAGCUAUCAUCUCCGAUUUCAUCGCCGUGAAGCGUAGUCGUAAUUUGAUGUCGCAAGACCUCUGGUCGGAAUUUGACACCAUCUCCGAUCUCCUGGGUUUCGACUUCACUGACAAAGAUUCGUCUUCUUCUUCGACCCAUCAACCGAGCAAAGGAACCCGUGAUAAGACUAAGAAAAGGAGCGCGGUUGGAGCAGAUCAAAGCAAGGGUAAAAAGAAAACAGCUGCCAGAAAGAAUAUUUACAGGGGCAUCAGACAGAGGCCAUGGGGGAAGUGGGCUGCUGAGAUACGUGACCCACGGAAAGGGGUUCGAGUCUGGCUUGGAACUUACAACACCGCCGAAGAGGCAGCCAGGGCUUACGACGUGGCUGCAAAGAGAAUCCGAGGCGACAAAGCCAAGUUGAAUUUCGCUGAACAAACACCACCGCCACCCAAGCGACGUUGCUUGGUCCCAAAGUCGACUCAGAUGAGUUUUGAGGCCAGCGGCUCACCGACGACUGAAAAUGAAAUCUGUGAACACAAUCAUCAUCAACCGAAGGAUGAUAUGGAACUGAGAGAGCAGAUAUCUAACUUGGAAUCAUUCCUUGAGCUUGAUCCAGAACCAGCGGAGUCAGUGGGGAGUGUAGAAUCGGAAGCAUUUGAUCUUUGGUUAUUAGACGACGUUCCCUUCACUCCUCAUGGUCACCUGGUUUACUGAAGAAAAGAGUUUCUGUCGCCGUGCGUCAAUCGUGGGAUGCCGCUUGUGUUAAAUUUUGCUACAGUCUUCGAUGCACAUAUUAUAUAAUAUUUAAUGAGAUAUACUAUGAUAAAUAAGUUGUUUUUGUGUGGGCUGGUUGUUACGUCAACGUUAGUUGUCUGCUCUGUGUUGGUUUGGUUCGACUUUCGAGGGCUUUGGUUUAUGGGAGUAACGUCAGUGCAUGUAUCCAGUCGACACGCCGAUUAUUCCAUUUCUACCACAUAUAAACUAUAUGUACAUCCCAUAUUAGUUAGCUAUAUAUUAAUAAAUAAUUAAGUAUGAUGAUGGCCCAUGAGUUCAUGGUAUAAUUCAGACCAGCCAUAAUUAAGAGAUGAAUUAUCAUGGCCGGGACCUAUCUAUUUAUGAUUUACAUGGGGCAUUAUUGUUGGUUCUAC